UGUUCCAACUCCAGAGGCUUCUGCUCUCCGCCCACCGCCUCGCUCGGGAACUGCAGCGCGCCUCUUCCCAGCCUCCCGAAGGCUCCUCCCGCCCGGUGACUCCGCCGCUGCCACCAGCUUUCACUUUUCCCAGGUGCAAAAGUUUUUUUUUUAAGACGGAGGAGACGGCGGCAGCCCGGUGCGGCGGAGAGCGAGCCGCUGACGGCAUGGCGGGAGAGAGGUUCGUCCGCUUCUUCCGAAACAGCCUGAUACGGAGGUCGUCUAGGAGAGGUGACUCCCAGGAUGCAAAUCCUACAGAAAGCAAAUCUGGUGCUGAUGUAAGGCUGAAACAAAGAAGCAGUUUUUCUUAUUCAGCAGGACACCCAUUUUUUGAAUACCUGGUUGUGGUCUCACUUAAAAAGGACACAAAGGGAAAUUAUGAGCCCAAGAUUACCUAUCAAUUUCCAAAGCGUGAGAAUCUACUGAGGGGACAGCGUGAAGAAGAGGAAAGGUUGCUUCAGGCCAUUCCCUUGUUCUGCUUCCCAGAUGGUAAUGAAUGGGCACCCCUCAAGGAGUAUAAGAGUGAAACUUUUUCUUUUGUCCUUACCAAUAUUGAUGGGAGUAGAAAAAUUGGCUACUGCAGGAGACUGUUGCCUUCUGGACGAGAUGCUCGUCUCCCUGAAGUUUAUUGCAUUGUAAGCUGUAUUGGUUGCUUUGGACUAUUUUCAAAGAUUUUAGAUGAAGUAGAGAAGAGGCGGCAGAUCUCGGCAGCAGUCGUCUACCCCUUUAUGCAGGGCCUACGUGAAUCUUCCUUCCCAGCACCAGGAAGAACUGUUACCAUUAAAAGCUUCAUCCCUGAAUCCGGGACAGAGCAAAUUGAGCUGACCCGGCCAUUGGAUUCUCACCUGGAGCAUGUGGAAUUUCAGGCCCUUUUAAAGUGCCUCAGUCCUGAGAAGAUACUUCUGAUAUUUGCCUCUGUAGUUCUGGAGAGACGGAUAGUCUUCUUGGCUGAUGAGCUUAGCUCCCUCUCCAAGUGCAUUCACUCGGCUGCUGCUCUUCUUUACCCAUUUACUUGGGCCCAUACAUACAUCCCAGUGGUUCCAGAGAAACUUCUCAGUACAGUCUGCUGUCCUACACCAUUUAUGGUUGGGAUCCAAAAGCGCUAUCUGGAAGAAGUUCUGGAUCAGCCUAUGGAAGAGGUGUUGCUUGUAGAUCUGUCCCAAGGAGAUUUCUUAAAAAUGGUUGGAGAUGAGGAGGAGAUUUUGCCACCCAAGUUGAGAAGUGAAAUGUUGCACUCUUUGCCAACAAUGAACAACAACAUCCAGACAUCUGAGGAAUUCAAUACACAUGUCUCGGACACCUUUAUACAAUUCUUUGUGAGGAUGAUUGGUCACUAUCCAGCAUAUAUCAAAUGGAGCAGAAGUGGCACAGGCAGCUUCCAAGAACAAUCAUUUUGCAAGGCUGUCACCUCCAAGACCAACCGCAGAUUUGUGAAAAAAUUUGUUAAGACUCAAAUGUUCUCAUUAUUUAUUCAAGAAGCAGAAAAAAGCAAGAAAUGCAUAGAAGGGUAUUUUCAGCAGAAAUUAAAUGAAUAUCAAGAAGAAAAGAAGUACAGGAGACCCUCCUGAAUCUUUGCUUCAUAAGAGAAGAUUGGUCCCUAGAAGAUAGGCAGGCCUGCAACUGAUCAUCUACCUGGAUAAGGUCCAUAGGUGAAAGAUACCGUUGGUAUUGUUAGCUGUCCUGAUAGUACUUGUGCUUUGUAUGUAAACCAUGAAAAGUCAUGGGGAGCCUUGGGUACUGUUUUCUACGUUUUCCUUUUUCUUGUGGCUGGCAUUACCCGCUGCUCUUUACGUGCCUGAAAUUUUGUAGUCCAACUGACAAUCAAAGCUGCAGUUCCACAGAAAGAAUGGCAGCAUAAAAACUGAAUUAUCAAACAAUCCUAUUUUGAUAAUAGGAUUCUACAUUUUUUGGAAAUUUUAUUAGAUGCAGUAAACAAUGCAUAAGACAGAGAAUGUACUGGAAACAGUGAGACAAUUACAUUCAUUGGAAACAUUUUUAUUCUCAUUAAACUGGUUUCCAGGCCAAACAUCUUACAUUGAAUGUUUGUGCUUCAUGGGAUUGUAAAAUAGAUGUUAGAUUUCUACAUGUGUUCUAUAGUUUGCUAUGUUUUAAGCAGGAAUGCUUGUCCCAGUAUCACAUGAAAUUUUUCCUACUAAACAGUUUAAAGGAGGGAAGUAGAAUCAUAAUAUUGGAUUAAAGAAUGACUUGAAGAGCAUAGGAAUAAAGAAAUAGAAAAGCAAACCCACCCCUAGUGACCAUGUCAACUUUGUAAAGGAAGUUGUCCACCCAAUUUGACCCAUUCCACCACUAUAAAAUAUCAAUGAAUUGGAAGACACACAUUCUUGCACUGAACAUUGAGGGAUCCAGGAGAAGAAGCAAACCCAAGGAUGCUAUCUUUGAAGGACUGUUGCUGUUCCUAGCAUCAUAAGUGGCAUUGUAGUGUCACAGUUAGAACAAGUAACUGCCAGUGAAAAGUUAAUCAGACAUAUUUGUUUCUAUUUACAAUGAAGUUCUUAGGGGCCUAAAUCUUGGUGAAUUUCCAGUGCUAAUUUGGAAAAUAUUAAUCAAAGCUAUCAUUUAGCUAGAAAAAAACCCAACAAUUUCCUAUAUCCAGUGUUCAUUUUUUGUGACUUCAACAAUCUGAUGGUUAGCUAGAUUAGUUACAGAUGAUAAGAACUGAAAUCUAACACAGUUGAAUAGUGUUAGGUUGCCUUAGUUUACCUUAAAUUCUUCUUUGUAUGUUACAAAUACUAAUAUAGACACCAAGUAGGAUGGUGAUAUAAGAAUAUAAAUAUGAUAUGUAAGAGAAUUAUCUCAGGAGCUGUAGAUUUUGCAUACCUUUUCUAAAAAUAGAAAGUUUGUCUUUGUUCUCCCUGAAAUAUUCUGUCACUAUGCUGAAAUAGAGAAUGCAAGUAAUGAUUAGCUUAGAGAAGACUGGAUCGACCAAAUCUGCUAAUUUCCAAUUUCCCCAACAUGCUUUGCCUCAAGAAUAAAUAAGUAGUACCAUAUCUUUACAAGAGGUGGGGGGGAAAAAGCAGUGGGAGGGGACAAUAGAUGUUCCUCUUGUAUAAAUUUAACAGUUUAGGAUUUGAGAAUGUGAGGCUUGGUGCUUGGUAGGCAUGUUUUGCCACAUGGUUUUCUGUAUACCAAUUAUUGCUACCUUGAGUAAAACAAAUGUGGCAUAUAUAAAGUUGCAUGUCAUGUCAAAUUUAACAAAGUGUACUUUUUAGGACAUUUUUAAUUAGUUAAUUUAAUGAGAGUAUACAAGUCAAGUCCUCUGACAGGACAAGCUAUCAAGCUUAUAUAGUUACAGGAAAAUUAGCUCAAUAUGCUAUUGCAAUGUCUUUUAUAAAGUGUUCAGGUUCUUCACCUAAUGAAUUAUAUUAGAGCUUCCAAGAAGUACAAUGCUCUAUUCAUAAUUAUAUAGGAAGCUAUAUUCAAAUUCUUUUAUAGACAGGAGAAAGGAAAAACUGUGCCAUCUGCACAGAGGGGGAGGGAGGAAUGUUCCCUCCACCCAAAGAUUUUUUUUAAGAUAAAAAAAAAUACAAGCUGUGAAAAAAAACAUAAUUAUCUAAUAUCUCCAUUAAAUUGACUGCAUAGAACAGUAUAAUCAGUCUUUCCACUGCAUUGACAGAGGAUGAAUUACUAAAUAGGAAGGUGUAUUAUAUUGACAGUCCCAGACUUAAAUCCUGGGGUCCCACCAUCUUUCCAAUACAAUAUUGAAGAGUAACCUUUUGGCUGGCUGUCCUUCCCAUGCUUAUUAAAUCCAUAAAUCCAGAGUGAUAAAUUCAAAGUUUUUGUAUAUAAUUCAGAGUCACAUUCACAUCUUUAAACACUGUGAUCUUUGUAAUAUUUAUUAAUUCACUUUAGGAUAUUAAACAAAAAAAUAAGCAAUAGUGGACAUCUUAUCAUAUAAAUAAACUUUUCCUGAGGCCAAGUGUUUCAACCCCUUCUCUUUGUUGUACACUAAACGUGUAAUGUUUGUUGAAUUAGUCUGAUCCUAAGAUGAGAAAUACACUUAAUAUUUUUUGACCCUUAGCCAUUGCUUUGUUAAUAUGGGAUACUCCAAUUCUUCGUUAGAGAUUCUUUUUUAAAAAAAUCUGCUAUCCAGCUUUAUUAUACAGUACUCUUAACUGUUAAAGAAUAUUAGUAACUUAGAAUUAUUUGAAACACAUCCCAGUACUGACAAUAACUUAUGAAUUUAAGUAUUGCUAAUGUCAAACUGUCAAAAUUCCAAGAAGAUUUAAUUGAAUACACAAUAAAAUCUCAAUUCAAAGCACUAUUUGGGAGAUGAGAAUGUCUAUUAUUCCUAAAUGUUUGUUGAAUCUGAAUUUGUAAUCUGCUUCAAUUUUUGUCAUUUUAUUUCAUUUGAAUAAUGACCUGAUUAUACCAUUGGCAUGAUUACAUCAUGCCAAUACAUGAUUUAUUAAUUACAAAAGAUGCAUCUGUAAACAUGUUUAUAUGUUUACAUAUAAACAUAUGUAAAUCAUCCAGACUACUUAAUCAGCUGAAGUGCAGACAAUGAUGAUAUUUUAAAAGUUUUACUGUACUGUUGUUUUUCAAAUUUAGACAAUUCAAAUUUCUCUUGGAACAACUCAAAUGUUUUCAAAACUUAAUUGGGAUUUUUAACUGUCCCUUGAAUUUUUUUAAAUAUCUGGGAAUAGUUAUUCCAAGGGAAUAUUCAUUUUUGAGUGCAAUAUAUCCAUUCUUUAGUUUCAAUUACAAAUGAAAAUGAACCUAAGAAUCUUAUUCAUAUUUAUAUUUCCUUAUUUUGUGCCUUUACAUUUUGUUGACUAUUUCUUACUCCUUUUCUGCAUGCUACAUAGUGCUCCUUAUCCUAAAAUGGAUAUAAAUGUACCUAUAUUAUUAGGAUAGAAUAAAAGUUUGUGUUUCAUUUCUA